UAGAUCUCCAGAAAAGCGUGGAAGAUGAAAUUGAAUCAAUUCUGCAAGAGCGGAUAAUGGUUCUGGAUGGAGGCAUGGGUACCAUGAUCCAGCAACGUGCCCUGUCAGAAGAGGAUUUCCGAGGGCAUGAAUUUAAAGAUCAUUCCAGGCCUUUGAAAGGCAAUAAUGACCUUCUCAGUAUAACUCAGCCUGAUAUAAUUUGUGACAUACACAAGGAAUACUUGCUGUCAGGUGCUGACAUCAUUGAAACUAACACUUUCAGCAGCACCCGAGUCGCACAAGCUGACUAUGGCCUUGAACAUUUGGCAUAUCGGUUAAACAGAGUCUCUGCACAGGUGGCCAGAAAAGCAGCAGAUGAUGUAACUGCUCAGACAGGAAUUAGGAGAUACGUUGCUGGAGCCAUGGGUCCAACAAACAGGACACUCUCUGUGUCACCAUCUGUGGAGAGACCAGAUUACAGGAACAUAACUUUUGAUGAACUGGUUGAAGCCUAUAAGGAACAAGCCAAAGGACUUUUGGAUGGAGGAGUUGAUAUCUUGUUAGUGGAAACCAUAUUUGAUACAGCCAAUGCCAAGGCAGCUCUUUUUGCACUCCAGAUGUUGUUUGAGGAGUAUGCUCCCCGACCCAUAUUUGUUUCUGGAACUAUUGUGGACAAGAGUGGCCGUACCCUCUCAGGCCAGACAGGAGAGGCAUUUGUCAUCAGUGUUUCCCACAAUGAGCCCCUUUGUAUCGGCUUAAAUUGUGCUUUAGGGGCAGUUGAAAUGCGACCAUUCAUUGAAACAAUUGGAAAAUGCACAACAGCCUACAUCAUCUGUUACCCCAAUGCAGGUCUUCCCAAUACUUUUGGUGGUUAUGAUGAAACUCCAGAAGUGACUGCCAAGCAUAUAAAGAUACAAAAUUCUCUUUAUUUUGCUUUGGAUGGUUUGGUCAACAUAGUUGGAGGUUGCUGUGGUACUACACCAGCACAUAUCAAGGAAAUUGCUCAAGCUGUGAAAUUCUGUAAGCCUCGAGUUCCACCUUCUCCGUCUCAAGGAUACAUGCUGCUGUCAGGUCUGGAGCCAUUCAGGAUUGGGCCAUACACCAACUUUGUUAAUAUUGGUGAACGCUGCAAUGUUGCAGGAUCACGGAAGUUUGCUAAACUCAUCAUGGCAGGCAACUACGAAGAAGCCCUGAGCGUAGCCAAAUUGCAAGUUGAGAUGGGGGCCCAGAUUCUUGAUAUCAACAUGGAUGAUGGGAUGCUGGAUGGCCCUGCUGCAAUGACCAGAUUUUGCAAUUUAAUUUCUUCAGAACCUGACAUUGCAAAGGUGCCAUUAUGCAUUGAUUCCUCAAAUUUUUCAGUGAUUGAAGCAGGUUUGAAAUGUUGCCAAGGGAAAUGCAUUGUGAACAGCAUCAGUCUGAAGGAAGGUGAGGAAGACUUUUUGAAGAAAGCAAGGAGAAUUAAGUUAUAUGGAGCAGCUGUGGUUGUCAUGGCUUUUGAUGAAAUAGGGCAGGCAACAGAAACUGAAAACAAGAUUGCAAUCUGUUCCAGAGCUUAUCACCUCCUUGUGGAAAAAGUGCACUUCAAUCCAAAUGAUAUCAUAUUCGACCCUAAUAUUUUGACCAUAGGAACUGGAAUGGAAGAACAUAACCUUUAUGCCAUUAAUUUUAUAAAUGCUACUAAAACCAUAAAAGAAACACUGCCGGGAGCCAGGAUAAGCGGAGGUCUUUCCAAUCUGUCUUUCUCCUUUCGAGGAAUGGAUGCCAUUCGAGAAGCAAUGCAUGGGGUGUUCCUUUACCAUGCGAUUAAGUAUGGCAUGGACAUGGGAAUUGUGAAUGCUGGGAAUCUGCCAGUGUAUGAUGAUAUUCACAAGGAAUUACUACAGCUGUGUGAGAACCUAAUCUGGAACAAAGAUCCUGAUGCAACAGAGAAACUCUUACAAUAUGCUCAGAAUCAUGCCCAAGGAGGAAAAAAAGUAGUACAGACUGAUGAGUGGCGGAAAAGCUCUGUGGAGGAAAGGCUGGAAUAUGCUCUCAUAAAGGGCAUUGAGAGGUAUGUCACUGCAGAUACAGAAGAAGCAAGAUUAAAUCAGGAAAAAUAUCCUAGACCUCUAAAUGUGAUUGAAGGGCCUUUGAUGAAUGGCAUGAAAAUUGUUGGUGACCUUUUUGGUGCUGGAAAGAUGUUUCUGCCUCAGGUGAUAAAGUCUGCUCGAGUUAUGAAGAAAGCGGUUAGCCACCUUAUUCCCUAUAUGGAAAAAGAAAGAGAGGAAAGGAGAGCCCAGCGAGGUGGCACAGAGGAAGAG